AUGAAGCGAUUCACACGAGUCCCGCGGAUGGCCCCCCUCUUCGACAUCGGCUUCAACGCAACCGACGCCGUGUUCAGGGGUGUUUACCACGGCCACAACGGCAACCCUUCUCACGCGGACGACUUUGCCCACGUCCUGGAGCGGGCUCGGCGGUAUGCCUGUGCGAAGAUGAUGGUGACCGGUGGCGAUCUGGCCGAUGCGCGGCGUGCCAUGGAGCUGGCUGCAAAGUACCCCGGUGUGUUGUAUUCGACCGUGGGUACGCACCCUACGCACGCGCAAGCAUUCGACAAACACCCCGAAGGACCCGAGCACUACCUCGAGGGAUUAGAGCUGCUCGCCAAAGAAGGAAAAGAAAGUGGUGUAGUCAUCGCCUUUGGAGAGUUCGGACUCGACUACGACCGCCUCGACUGGUGUCCAAAAGACGUCCAACUGAAAUACUUUAAACAACAGCUCGAACUCGCAACAAAUCUCGACCUCCCACUAUUCCUCCACUCCAGAGCCUGCGCAGAAGAUUUCGAAUCAAUGCUUUUCCCUAUGCUACCCCGUCUUCCACGAGGCGGCGUCGUUCACUCCUUCACAGGCUCCAUCGAGGAGAUGCACCGCCUCGUUGCGAAGGGCCUAUACAUCUCCGUCAACGGGUGUAGUAUGAAGACCGAGGAGCAGCUCGAUAUGGUCAAGGAGAUUCCCCUCGACUAUCUAAUGUUGGAGACAGAUGCUCCGUGGUGUGGGUUGAAGACGUCUACCGUCGGAAAGUAUUUGAAAGAUGCACCGCAGAUGCCAACAAUUCGCAAGAAGGAAAAGUUUGUCUUGGGUGAUAUGACAAAGUCAAGGAAUGAGCCUUGUACCAUGAUUCAUGUCGCUACCGUUGUUGCGGCAUUGAAGGGGUGCUCCGUCCAAGAGUUGACCAAAAUUGUAUGGGAGAACACCAUGAAACUGUUUUUGCCGAAUGAGCCGCUGGAACUGCCGAACUAACUAGCAUACGAUACAUCAU